GUUCUUAUCAUGGACAAUAAUGAGGCUCAAAACAAGAAUGGUUAUGUAAUGGCGGAAGGAAAGGAAGUAUGGCCUAAUGAGUGUGAUGUAGAAGUCCAGGGAGUACAACAAACUGAAGUGUAUGAUGUCAGUUCAACUCAAACUCGGGCAAUGGAAAUUCGACGUGAUGAAAUAGCAGACAAGUUGUGGAAUGACUUUCAAGCAGGAGUUAUUUGAUGUUUUCACUUAUUUAUAUUUGUUAUUGUAGUUGUACUUCUUAAAAUAUUUGGUUGAUGUAGUAGUAUUUUGUUUAUUUGUUUAAAACAAGAUUGCCAUUGAAAACAGAAAUCAGUUUGUAAUAACUGUAUCU